AAGCCUGGAACACCUUUUCUGUGUACGCUACUGCGCCAAACACAGAGCACUGAUCAGAUUUACUAAGGAUGACAACAUAAGAUGUUUUCAGAUUCAGAAACUAUUCUGUUGAAAUCGAUUUAUUUCUCGAAUUUUCUCGACGUAGCGGGAUUUAAAGAUUAAAGUAUCGCCUGUAUGUCCUACCCAUACAUCACACGUAAACCCGAAUACCUGGGUGGGUGUUUAGGUUCUAGGAAAUAUUACAACAAGGCAAGUUUUGCGUUGUUAUCAUGCAAUUUCAUCUCCCAACGGUGAGGACAAAUACGGAUUACCUCACUGUGUCACGUGGUACUUCUCGGAAGCUCCCUGUAGUAGUAUCGACGCGGUCCAUUUUGGUCCAGAGACCAGAGGAAAGUGUGCUGCAGUUUCGGCUUAGAAACCGGUGAUGUCUGUAAAGAUGGAGACGGACGUCGGCGGCGUUUCCAGGGCCCCCGUGAUGGUCCUGCCGGCCGCUGAGCCGCUCGCCGGGCUGAGGGCGGAGCCGGAGCGUCCGCGCUGCUCCAGCACCCCUUGCUCCCCCGUCCGGAGCGGGGUGGCGGGGUACCAGAUCGUCCACAUGGACUGCAACUACCUGGUGGGCUUCACCACGGGGGAGGAGCUUCUGAAACGGGCGCACAAGAGGCCGAGCGUCGAGAAGGCCGCGAGCGCCGCCGCUACCGCCGCCGCCGCCGUCUCCACGGCAACGCCGGAGGCCGCGCCCAACCCGCGCGCCAAACCCCUGGAGGCGGCGCUCCACCGGGCCUCCCGCGUCUACAGGACCAAGAGCCGCCACUACCAGCCUUACGACAUUCCCGCCGUGAGCGGUCACCGACGGCGACGGAGCGCGACCGGCGCGGGAGACCGCCAUCUCAGGCCGCCGCCGCCGGCGGCGGGGGGGGCGGAGCCCGGCCGGGCCUUCCACGGCCCCCUGCCUCUCUGCCUGCUGCGGGGGAAGAGGCCCCACCCAAAGUCCCUGGACUACCUCAACCUGGACAAGAUGGCCGCCCUGGAGCCGGCAGACACCGAGGUGCUGCAGUACCAGCUCCAGCACCUCACGCUGCGGGGCGAUCGAAUGUACACCAGGAACAAGACCUGAGCCAUGGGGGGGCCACACCCGCCACCCCCGCCCCCCCCGCCCCCCCCCCACCCCCUCCUCCUCGCCUCCAAUCCCUACAACGCUGUUCUGCAGAAAGCCUGCUAGCUAUGCCUGGCCACACCUGUUUCUCCCAGGAGACCAUAGACGGUUCUCCAGAAAAAUGGGUAGUCAUCAAAGAACUAAAAAAAAAAAAAUUGAAAAAAAAAGGCCCAGCAAUCUUGUAACUUGUGAACUUUUUACACUUUUAGGGGUCGCUUGUGCUCAAUGUUACGCGGCCCACACUAGCACAAGGACAGAAUUGUUUAGUGAAAUGUCUGGUGAUUGAGGCGUGACUUGAAUUGGAAGAUGGGGGGUCAUUCAGGUUUAGCAAUAACUUAAGUAUCCUUAAUUAUUUAAGAGAAAAAUAUGUGUGUGUGAGAGAGUCUGUGUGUGUGUGUGUGUGUGUGCUGUCAAACCUGUUGAUGGAUGCUAUGAAAUUUGCUACAUUAUAUUUAUUUUCUGCCUUUAAUGCUACACAUAUCUGAGAGUAUUUACACUAAUGGUUCUAUGGGAAAAAUAAAACAAUAGCACACCUCUGCUAAACCAGAAAACACUAUACCACCCGUUCAUCUUUGUCCUGUUUGAAUGUCUGUAUCGGGUGAUUUUAUGUAAAAAAAAAAUUAAAAAAUACAGACUGUUAACAGGAUUCUUUUAAACCUGAGUCUUUGGCUGGAUUUAUAGAGUUGCCCAGGGGUAAAUAAUUUCUCUCAAUUUUCAUCAAGUAAUGGUGUGAGAGAAUGGGAUGUGUUUCAGCCCUGGGUUUCUUCUUGUCAGUAUCCUCUGGAGAUUUUUUUCUUUCUUAAAAACAGUCCUGAUUUUGAGGGCGAAGCAAAGGAAAACGAGGAAAUAGCAAUUUGAUUUUGAUAAAACGUGUGAUGCGGGUGUGUGAUCUCUAAAUGACAUCGCCAUGGAAACCAAAGGAACACAUAUGACGGGAUCCUGAGAAGACUUGACGAGCUGUUUCUUUCUCUUUCGUGUUUUUAAGCCCCAGAACACGUGACAAUCAUCUUUGUAUGUAUAUAUGACUGCAUUAGGGAUGCACUGAAGACAACGUCGAGAAGUAGGCUGCUUAGAUUUCAAUUAUCUUUAAAAAAAAAACAUUUAUUUACCCUUGAUUGACUCGGUGUGAAAUAUCAAGAUUUGUUUCAUUUUUAUCCUGGCUACCCUCAAUCCUAAAUGUUUGCAUUUUUCUGUUUUGUAGGGGUAAACCAAAUGUUACAAAAUGGUUUAAAAACUAGGAAGUAAAAAGUUGACUGUACCGUAUUGUUUAUGCUGUAUUUAAUUUGAAUAAAAAGAUGGUAACACGUGAUGUUCACUGGUCCAUUAGGGUGGCUGCUGUUGAUGCAGAUAUUUUUGUCAUCUCCACAUUACUGUGAGCUGUGUUGUUUAAUGUACUCUGUUUUUCAGAAUUUAUCUGUGAUCUUUUCAUCGGGGGUGGUCCUCUUACUGGUCCACAUUGUGCUUAUGAACUUGGUAACACAGUAAAUGAAUGCAGCAGUUCCACAUCGAUCUGUUAUUUGUCCAGUGCUGAAGCCGAAACCGCUCUGUGAAUUGUCUGGAAAAAAAAGAAGUGUCUUAACGUUUCUGAACAGAAGCGGGAAUUGUGUUCACUUACUCUUGUUCAAUUUGCAGGUUUUUCCCUUUUACGUCCUUAUUCUCCACCAUUUUGCUACUUGUCUAGAUUUUUUUUUUGUUUACUGUCCCAGUAAAUAGGAUUGUAAUGCUUCUCAUGGCGUGAGAAGUGAAACGAAAGUGAACCAGACGGUAAUUUUAUUCUUCUGUUUGUAUGUUGGUGUUUUCUGAUUGGCUUACUGUCUGAGUGCACCCCUUUUUCCUAGUCCAAGUAUCAACACUUUCUAUGUUGUAGUCCUUCAUGAAACUUUCAUAAGCCCUGCAUUGACAUUCAUAAAUGCUUAUAACUGCAAAUAAGCGCAUAGUAUGGUGGUGUCAUGGUAACGUCAAGUGCUGCGUCAGUGGUAACAUAACACACCAUAUGCCUGUUUGUCAUAACAUUUAUGAAUGUUUAUGUAGUGCCAGCUUCAUGUGUCAGACUAAAUAUUACAGCCUGACAAACUUUGCACUGAGAUGUGGCAUAACUCUGUUUAACUUUUAGGCAUGUGUUUUGCUAAUAAACAGUAAUAUAUUCUAAUACGGAUACACAUUAUUGAGAACACCCCCGUCAGCAGUCUGUUUAGCAGUAACAUGUUAAUGGAUUUCUCUGUUUUCUCAGAAAUAGUUUAGCAUCUUAACAUCUUUUUUGGUAUGGUUCUCCCUGAUGGGUUUUUAUUCAGCUUUCACUUCUUCACAGUUUGAGAAAUGUUGUCCUGCAGAGAAACAUAUGACCUUGCGCAUGGAUUAUCUUACGUAAUGACGGGGAAGUUUAUGAGAGCGCCAUCAGAUUUUCUGUAUUGGUCACUGUUUUCACAAUUUUUGGGGCAAAAUCGAUGGUUAAAAUAUGAGUAAACUGCUGAAGACGAGUGCGAUAAAAAAGCAUCAUUUAAAAUGCCUAUAAUAUGUAUGGUUAUAUGUCACGUAUACAGUAUGACACACACAUAUUGUAGAAUCUGGCCCUUGGACACUUUAACAUAUGUGAAAUUUAUGGCUAAAAAAGUUCAGUCUCUAAUCUGUAAUGUGAUAGUAUACGUCUGAAUCUUCUGCAUGUGCAAAGUUCAAAGAAGGGCAACUAAAUUGGUUCCUGGUAUGAAAGAUAAAAGUUAUGUGGAAAGACUUAAGAUGCUUAAUCUCUUCAAGCUUAGUAAAAGAUUUAGGGGCGAAUUGAUUGAGGCUUUUAAAUUCAUGGAAGGGAUCAAUGAAGUGAACUACAUGAGAUUCUUCAGGUUGAAUUCUGUCAGCAGCAAGGGUGUGGAAAUGGACGUUCGCAGAAGGUAAAUUCCACACAUUAGGUAUUAGGUAAGUAUUUUUUCACACAGAGAGUAGUUGCUGUGUGGAAGGACCAGGUCAUGUAGUAGUGGUGGAAACUGGGAGUUUUCAAGGCCAGGCUUCAUAUGGUACUAGAUACUGUCUAGUUUGUAGGUAAACGGUGAGCACUAGGUACCCUUUAGUGGUAGGAAAAUGGCGAGCAUUGUUGGGCUGAAUGGUCUGUUGUCGUCAUAACUCUGUUAUGUUAUUCUUGAAAGGCAUUAGUCCUACACGUUCACAGCAGGGUAUAGUGCCUUGUCAUGUUACACAAGUUUUUCAAAGCCAUAGAUGGUGGGUUUGUCUUUUUCUUUGGGAAACAUAUUUGUGUUUGUUUUCCAAAGAAAUUGUAUUUUUAUUUUGUAUUUAGCUUUUAAAUGUGUACAGUAGAUUUACUUCUGAAAUAUCCACUUGGGUUUUUUUUUCUUGUUUGAACUUCAAACAGAGGCUGGUUUGCACUCUGCAAUGGGAGGGACUGUAUUACUCUGUUGUUUGUUUUUGUGACUAUGCUUGACAUCCACUAUUAAAAAACUAAACCAUA